ACACAUCACAUCACACGCUCAUCAGCAACCGAGGCCGCACGCAGACCUCGCGCCUCCAAGCCUAAUGCUUGAAAUUCGCAUCUUAUCCAGAAAUACAAUGGCGUUGGCCUGCCCUUCUGGGGAAAAACUUCGCCGCCAUAGGACCCAUCAUCCAUUCGGUGACCAGCGCUUGGCCCGACCAGACCUCCCCGCGGUGUCAGCACGAACGACACACAUGACACGGCAAGCAGUUCACGGGUGACACGACACAUGACACUGACACUGACGAUCAUGUCAUUCAAGAUGACACGUCACAGGAGACGCCAACUGACGUCAUGUGACGACAGGACACGGACGGAGCCCGACCGUGAGGGAUGCUCUGUGAUGUGUGCGACUCUAACGGAAAGAGAUUUGUCCACCGUUGUCUGUGGAAAGGGUGGUUACCCGCUUCGGUUCCGACCGUUCAGGAUACUGUACUUCAAGCAUGCGAGCGGCUGGUCAGGAAGGUGAGGAAAUUUAUUCCUGAUUUCGGAUUCCCGAGGCGGAACCUUUUUUCUUCCGGGGCGUUUUCUCUCCCGCCGGGUGGCGUCAAUUCUGCCCGGAUUCUUGGCGACCCUUCCGCCGAGUGUGGCUAAGUGUCAGUAGCUGGUGAAUUCUUAUAAUCCGAUAGCUCAGAAGCGACUUUCCCUGACUGGCAACUGUUUAGAGGCAAUCAACCCCGCACUUAGCCUCCUGUCUUCUCAGUCUGCUACACCUCCUGUGGCACUUCACCCUGCCAGCAGGUGCCCUUCUCUCACCUUCCGAAUCUCGGGUCACCCUGCGAACUCAAAGCAAGCUCGCUCCAGAAAUCUUUCUCAACUCUUUUCAUCCCGCCUGAGAGUCCCAGCUACGCUUGCUGUGCAGCUCACCUUUCGAGAAUUCUCAAGUAAACAGCUCUCUCCACCACGUAGAUUCCCCCUGGUGACGCUCAUGGCUGCCGUGGUAGCUGUGCAGCUCCGAGCACGUCAUGGCACGUUGGUUUACCAUGAUGGGUCGCCUGGCGUUCUUGGUAACUCCGGUGGUGGUGGUAUUGCCAAUACCAGUUCUGCUCGCACGAUUAGUUCUAGACGUAUUACCUAUGCCCAUACAUCUGUCAAUCUCGGACGGAUGGGAAUUCCGGCAACCAGCUCCUGGCAGGUGCAUGUUACAAGGCGCCGUUUUAGAACACCGUGGCGGAUGCAGAGUAGUGCUAUGGGGAUAAGGGUUUUGCAGAGUGGUUCUAAUGCUUCUGAUAGUAGCAGGGAGGACGAACCCUGGCCUGUGCAUGUAUUGAGGCGUGUUAUAACGCACCUUAAGCUGCAGCAGAGCAGCGGCAGCACAGAGGAUGGACUCUCGAGAGCAGAGGAGGAUGGGGUCUCCUGGACAGCUAUUGAAUCGACUCAAGAGUCAUCUCGUUAUAGUGCAACGCUGGAGAGUAAAAGUAGCAGGAGAAGCAGUAGUAGCAGGAGUGGAAGGGGGGGUGAAUUCUCGUGGACUGCUAGACGGACGCAUAGGCGGAGAGGGGGAGGGGGAGGGGGAGGGGGAGGGGGAUGGGGAGGGGGUGGGGGAAGAGGAGACUGGAUUGUAGGGCUUGAGGACAACCAGAGGGAUUGGGCACAGAGGGAUGGUGACUAUAUGAAAAGGAUUGAUGGUGACUAUAUGGAGAGGAUUGGAGGUGGGGAGGGUAUAAGGCAGCAGAUGCCGCUCAGGAGAGGUUCUGAGAUAAGGAGAAGAGGGGGCUCGCCACCUUCGGUAUUGUCACACUCGUUGAAGUCUCCACUCGAGAAGGCUAUGGAUUCUGCAUCUGUGUGGGUUGCUGACGUGUCAGCGUCAGUGGCUGAGUCAGUUCCACCCGCAGUGGAUAAGGCCAGGCGUGUGCUCUCCACGCAGGUAGCAGCCCUCCCUGCUCGCCUGUACCAGAUCCUACCUCCCCUCUCCUCCCCUCACUCGCACCGCCUAGCCGUCCUCCUCUCCUCCUCGUUCCUCCUCCUCUUGCUACUCCUCCGCCAUACCGCCACACGCAGCUUCCUUGCUGCAGCUUGCGCUGCGGUGCAAGGUUUCUUUGCACCAGUAGUGCGCGCCGUGAGUCCCGCAGAGGGCUUGCAGCAGCAGGAGGAAAAGGCUGAGCAGAAGGCACAGCAGCAGCAACAGCAGCAGCAGCAGCAGAACCAGCAGCAGCAGCAGAACCAGCAGAGCCAGCAGCAGACUGGCAAGAGUAGGGUUGGCGAAAGUGGUGAUUCUGCUGCGGUCGUUAGUGGUGCUUCAGGGUUUGAUGGUGGUUAUGGUGGUGGUGGAGUGAACACGUCACGGAAUGAUGGGGCUGAGGACGUUCAUGAGACGAUGCUGGCUCUUGAAAUGAGCCAGGUGGAUGCAACAGACCGCUCAGGUGGAAAUUCAGGCGAAUCCUUAAAGGGUUCAUUUGCCAAACAGACGCGGAGGAGCCAAAUGGGUGCAGCAAAUCGCACAAGGAAAUCAGGGGAAGCAGGGGAGGCACAGAAGGCGAUUAGGGGAGCUGGCAGUCAGUAUGGCAACCACACAAAUCGGACAGUAGCAGGACUUGGGAAUGGAAGACUUCAAGGGAGAGACGAUGGAAAUAGCUCGGAUUACAGGCCGGAUCACAGGUCGAAUCAGAGGUCGGAUUACAGGCCGAAUCAGAGGUCGGAUUACAGGUCGGAUCUCGUGCCUGAUUGGUGGCAGGAGGCCUGGGCCGAGCUGGCCUUGCAGGGGACACAGGGUUUGGCCACAGGUUCGGAAACAAGCUCGGGAAGUGGCCGAGGCGGACAGGCUGGUUUGGGAGGCCAUUCGAUAAAAGACACGCAAUUGGCUGUGAUGGGAGCAUUGGAGCAGUUCAACUCGCAGGGCCACAUCCCACCAGAGGCUCUUACCCAGAUCUGGGCGGCAUGGCGAGCAUCUGGUGACACGUGGCAAACUCAAAGGGACUCUGUGCGCAUGAUAGUGUUCAACGCUGCCGUCCAGCUGGCUCUGGAUGCAUGCAUGGGAGGGGUGGCCAGUAGAGUGACAGCUGAGCUCGUUGCGUGCAAUGAGCUGAUAGAAGCGAGUAUGAGGGGCGAGGCGGAGGUCAAGCUACAGGGAAUCUCCAACCUCCUUUCCGAGUUUACUCCUGCUGCUGUCUCGAGAGAGAGAGAGAGAGAGAGAGAGAGAGAGAGAGAGAGAGAGAGAGAGAGAGAGAGAGAGAGAGAGAGAGAGAGAGAGAGAGAGAGAGUGAGAGAGAGAGAGAGAGAGAGAGACAGACAGAAAAAGAGAGAGAGAGUGUGUGUGAAAGAAAGAGUCCUGAAAUGGCAACCUCGGCCAACCUUCUACGAGAGAUGCUGCCUCGACGAGAACGGGAGGAGCUGGCCAUGGAUGUAUGAGAAGGCAACAGGCGCAAAGCAUGUGGCAAUCGUGAAAAGGGUCCUAGGAUUAUGAUGAGAGGAGCCUCUCAGGAUUGCCAUUUGCAGUUGCCUUCUGCACGAGAUGCUGCCUUGACGAGAGUGGGAGGAGCUGGCAUGGCUGUAUGAGAAGGCAGCUGGUCUCAGACAUGUAGGACUUGUGGAUGUACGAGAAAGCAGCUUGCGGGAAGCACCGUGCACUUGGGAGAAAAGCGCUAGGAGGAUGUGUGUGUGAUGUCUGGGUUAGAACUCGGAGCCGGCCUUGUACUUGUACAAAGAAACGCCGCCUCAAUGGCAGCGGGAAAAGCAGAGACAUGCUUGUAUGAGAACGCCGCUGGUCCCUCCCUCCCAAGCAUGCAGCUCUCGUGAGGAAAGCUACAGCACAGUAUCAGCAGAGGAUGACAAUCGAAGCCCCCUCUACGGGCUCAUUCAACAAGUGCGAAACAAUCGAGUUUUUCUUGCCGAAUGGCCCGCCAACGGGACUCAAGAUUACUCACAAUUUUGAAUUUGGCCACUGAAGCUCGAUCAGAACUAGCUGCUACAAGCAUGGCACUACGAAUGUGAAAUGUAAUUGAGAGAAGCAUAAGGACUUAUCAACA